AUGACCGUUAAACAACUAGAUGACGAAGCUGGACCUGCAAUAUUAUCCAUAUACUCGGCCAAACCUGCCGAUGGAUCGGCUGCGGCAACAACGGGGACUCUCGAUAGCUAUGCUCCGCCCCCGACGGAGUCGGAGAUAGUCAAGGCCAUCGAUGUGAAAGGCAAGGACGUUGAACAAAUAUGGGCAGCCUUUAAAGCAGCAACUAAGGCCGAGAAUGUACCGGUAGCAGAAGAAGAUAAGAAAGAGAUGGAAUUACAAGAGCAAUUGAACGCCCAGAGUGAAAUCGAUCGACAGCGAGUGGCCAUGGUUCGCAAGGCGAAAAAGGACCAGGAAGCCAUGUUGGAGGCUGCAAAGGCAGCAGUUGCCAAACAGAGGGAGGAGUAA